AUGAGUACGUAUAAAGAUAAUAAUAAUCAUAAUAAUCAUAAUAGUAAUAUGAAUACAAUAGAUCAAAAAAAAUUUUUGGACGAAUGUAUUUUUGUUGUAAAAGAACAAAGCUUCUAUAUGAAGCAAGCACUGGAAAAUGGCUCGCUCAGAGAUACACUAAAAUAUGCCUCAAAUAUGCUGUGCGAACUAAGGACGUCUCACCUAUCCCCCAAAUAUUAUUAUGAAUUGUACAUGCUAAUAUUCAACGAACUACAACAUUUAGAUAACUUUAUUAGCGACAAGAAGAAGCAUAAGAAAAAAUUUAUCGACAUAUAUGAGAGCGUACAACAUGCCGGUAAUAUUAUUCCACGUUUAUAUUUAUUAAUAAUAGUUGGUAGGAAUUAUAUAAAGAAUAAAGAUAUAAAAGCAAAGUAUAUAUUAAAAGAUAUGACUGAAUUAUGUAAAGGUGUACAGCAUCCACUAAGAGGAUUAUUUUUGAGAUAUUUUUUAAUUCAGAUGUGUAAGGAUAGGAUACCAGAUACAGGUAGUGAAUACGAAGAGGCGGGAGGAGGAGAUAUUAAUGAUGCUUUUGAAUUUUUAUUAACAAAUUUUUAUGAAAGUUUAAAAUUAUGGAGUCGUAUGAAUGAUAAAGUCCUUAAGGUACCAAACAUGAUACAAGAUGAUAAUACUAUGAAUAGUAAAAUAAAAAUAUUAAAAGAAAAGAUGGAUGUAAAAAUGUUAGUUGGAUCUAUAUUAGUAAGAAUGUCUCAAUUAGAAGGAAUGACGAAACAAUAUUAUAUUGAAAAUUGUUUACCUAAAAUAUUAUUAUAUUUAUCUAAUAUUAAUGAUUGUUUAAUACAACAAUAUAUUUUUGAAUCCAUAGUACAAGUAUUCAGUGAUGAAUGUCAUAUAUAUAGUUUAGAAAUAUUAUUAAAUGCUAUAUUAAAAAUGAACACCAGUAUAGAUUUUAAAAGUAUACUUAUUACAUUAUUGAAGAGAUUAAGAUCAUUUAUUGAAGCUAAUAAUAAAUGUGAUUUACCAAAAGAUAUUGAUAUAUUUAAUUUGUUUUAUGAUCACUUGGUAGUGUAUGUCAAUAGAACCUUGGAUACGUAUACCAAGGUUAAUUAUAACGAUUCGAUUAAUAGGUCACCUAAUGAGGAUCACCAUGGAUAUACCCAUAACGACCUUUCCAAAGGCAAGGCAAAGGAUAUAAUAAAUAAUAAUGAUAAUAAUAAUGAUGAUAAUAAUAAUAAUAAAGAUAAUGAUGAUAAUAAUAACAACAAUAAUAAUAACAAUAAUAACAACAAUAAUAAUAAUAAUUAUAAUUAUAAUCAUAAUAAUAAUCAAGAUAGAUAUAACAUAUCCAAGGGAAAUGUACAAAAUGGACACAUCAAAAUUGAAAAUAUGAACCAAACAAAUAACGAUCUUAAUAAUAAUAAUAUUAUUAAUAAUAUGGGACACAUUAACACUAAUGAUCUUAAUAAAAAUAAUACAGGUAAAAAUUGUACCAUUGUAAAUACAGACGAGUUUGUAAAUAAUGUCGUAAAAAUGCUGCAAGUUAUAUACGAGUUUAUAUUUUUAUGUAUACGUAUAUAUGAUGAUGAUAUUAUUAUUAGUAAAUUAUUUGGAUUACCAUAUACAAUUGUUUCAAAUGUAAAUAUGAAUAAUGAUACAAUAUGUGAAGAGAUUAUUAGCAUUAUUGUACUUCCAUUUAAUUAUUUAGGAUUAAGUGCCUUAAAUGCUAGAAAUAUGCAAACUUUAUUAAAUAGUAUAACAGAAAAACAUAAAAAAAAAUUAAGCUUAGAUAUUAUUGAUGCUAUUAUAGAAUGUAAAAAAAAAUAUAUAACAUAUGAAGAUGUAGAGAAAAUAUUGAAAUAUAUUUCUUAUAUUUUUCAUGAAAAAGAUAAAAAAAAUAAAAACAAUGAUGAAGAUAUAUUUAAUUUAGAAAAUAAUAAUUCUGCAUAUACAUGUGAAAAAAUAUGUAAAUUCUUUCAUAUUAUUACGAAUACAAAAAAUAUUGAAGAAAAAUAUAAUAUAUGUAUGUUAUUUUAUAAAUAUAUUUCGAAUAGUACCUAUUUAGUACAUUUAUUACCAACUAUUAUAUUUACACUUCUUCAUGUUGUAACCCAGAUAACCAAACUAGGUCAAGAAGAUCAUUUUAAUCAAAAUGAUGAUAAAAAUAAUAAUAUGAACACUAUUGACACUAUUGAUAGUAAUAAUAAUAAUAAUGAUAAUAAUAGUAAUUGUAAUAAUGAUAAUAGUAAUAUUGAUAGUAAUCAUACCAUGGAUAAUGAAAAAAAAGAAGAUUUUAUUAAUUCUUCCGAUUCAUAUAAUAUUUAUCCAAAUGAUAAUGAUAAACAAAAUUUAAAUAAUUAUUUACAUAAUAAUCAAAAUAAUUUUAUACUAGAUGAAAAAAAAAUUAAUCAAUAUAAUAUAUAUGUCAAAAAUAUAUUCAAAUUUAUUCAUACCAAUUUAUUAACAGUAGCUAGCCAAAUGCCUAUUUUAACAUUCAAAUUAUUUUUAUAUAGUGCUAUUGUUGUAAAUAAUUAUAAUAGUUUUGUACAAACUCAUGAAUUUUUAACUUUUGAUAAUUUAGAAGCAAUCUGUUAUGAAUUCAUUACACAACCUUUAAUUAUUUAUGAAGAAGAUAUUAAUAUAUCAGCUCAACAAUUUGAUUGUAUUGUAUGGAUUGUAGGUAUAUUAUGUACACAUAUUAAUCUUCUCGAUAAUGAAAACUAUAAUAAUAUUGCUCUCAAAUUAACACAACAUGCUAAUAAAUUAUUAAAAAAAAAAGAUCAAUGUAUCGGUGUAUUAAAAUGCUCCCAUUUAUACUGGGAAAAUAAAAAAUACAGAAAUAGCAACAAAGUUAUCGAAUGUUUACAAAAAAGUAUUAAAAAUGCAGAAAUUGCUAUACAAUCAAAUAAUGAUAAUAUAAUACUAUUUACAUAUAUGUUAGACAAAUAUCUAUAUUAUUAUGAAGCACAAAAUAUAGACGUCUCAGAGGAAACUUUACAUUAUUUAAUAGACAUAUGCCAAGAUUAUUACAAUAAAACUAAUGAUGACACAAACUUUAAACAAGAAUACAAAAAAGUUAUUAAAUAUGUACAUGACAAACAAAAAAAUUCAAAUGUAUUUCAGAAAAUUAAUAUAGAUACAUCCAUAUUGAGAUCAUAA